AGAGACUGUGUAGUCAGAGAGACUGUGUAGUCAGAGAGACUGUGGAUGAUGGGUUGUCUCGUGGUCACUGGAGUUCUCCUUGUGAUUCUACUGUUCCAUCCUCCAGCAGCUCAGAUGGAGAGCCCAGAUACAGAUGUGGAAGCCGUGAGGUUAGAAGAGUUUUGUCUGAAAAUCUCUGAUGAUUCGCACUGUACAAGCGCUGAACCAGAGCCCAGACAAACAGUUACCAACAAGGAGGCAGCUGAGAGAACACAACUGGCAAUAUUUUCACCGUCAGAUGACAAGGAAGAUAUAAACUCCACUCUUCAACCGGCUGUCAAUUCUUCAUCACUUGUGGCGAACUUCAUGGACAUCCCACCAGGCCGCGGGGAACUGGGGCCGAUAGAGAGGGAAGGAUGUCGCUGCAAGACGUGGCAGGAACACACAACUGACCAGUCUCUUGUCAUGAGCAUAGAGUUCAGGUUCCCUGCACCGGACGUGUGUAACUCCACAGAGAUCAUUGAGACACUGGCAGAUGGUAGGAAGGUUUGUGUGAAUACCUCUCUCACAAGAUACCUUGCACCACUGUUUGGGCCUUCAACUGACCCAGACUGGGAAGGGACCACAACCCCCAGCCCAAACACCUCUGCAGUAUCCUCGUCCCCAACCACACAGACAGAGGAACAAAUGAGCAUGACACCACCAUGGGAAUUAAGCAUGAAAUUAUCUUUUGAUGAUUUCCCUGUAACUAGUGAACAGGGACAAGCACGCCCAGCAUCUCCAGCACCCCUAGGACCCCCACCACCCCCAGGCUCACCAGAACCCAAUGGGUCCACAAGACGCAUUGGAGAACGGGGGCCUAGUCUGCAGAGAUGCAAGUGCAUCAAGAAGGACGGCAGAAGGAUAGUAAGGCUCAUCUCUAAAAUAGAGUAUUACCCACCCUCUCCACGCUGCAACGAUUUGGAGGUUAUUGCAACUCUGAAGACGUCAGGUCAAGAGAUUUGCUUGGAUGUCACUGCACCCUGGGUCCGCAGAGUCCUGGAGAAAUUCAACUUAGUCAGACUCUCCUUGAAGGAGUUCACCUAAUUUCAACACAUCUUCCUGAAUGACGCUAGGCUGAAAAUAAAGUGAUAUUUCAAGAAAGAUGUGUGCUCAGCACAGUAUUGCUUUGAACCAACAGUUGUUAGUAAGUAGAUGAUGCUGAUUAUCAAAGAGCUAAAUGUGUCAGCAGUUUGACACUUCUUAUUUGAUAAAGAUGUUUGAUAAGUGACUAAUUCUUUCCACCCUGGCCUGUACUUGAUUUUACAGGAAAUGGAAAUGUUUUUUUGGCAUCUGAUUUCUGCUAUCUGCUAA